GUAAAUUAUGCAGCAUUUCCAGGAGGAUAUUUAAGGAGUGUGGUGUGUGGCCCUGGGCAGUCAGGGUGCAUCCUCAGCCCUGUACGGUAGUCGACACACGCCUCACCUUGCACGCCGCUGUCCUCCUACUCUGGUCCGCUUCUCACGUUGCGUGGAGCAGCCAUGCACAGGUGUGCUGUGCUGCUGCUGCUGCUGGCGGCGAUGGCGGUGCUGGCUGAGGCGCAAUUUGAACGUGGCUCAGACAUCCGUCGCCAGCAAAAUCGAGGCGACCACGACAACGCUGACCACGACAACGCGGACCACGACCAUACUGGCCACGACCACGCAGCUUCCUCCCGCGUAAGAAGGCACGACGAUCACGAUGGCCAUGACCAUGCUGGCCACGACCAUACUGGCCACGACCACGCAGCUUCCUCCCGCGUAAGAAGGCACGACGAUCACGAUGGCCAUGACCAUGCUGGCCACGAUCAUACUGGCCACGACCACGCAGCUUCCUCCCGCGUAAGAAGACACGACGAUCACGAUGGCCAUGACCAUGCUGGCCACGACCAUACUGGCCAUGACCACGCAGCUUCCUCCCGCGUAAGAAGACACGACGAUCACGAUGGCCAUGACCAUGCUGGCCACGACCAUACUGGCCACGACCACGCAGCUUCCUCCCGCGUAAGAAGACACGACGAUCACGAUGGCCAUGACCAUGCUGGCCACGACCAUACUGGCCACGACCACGCAGCUUCCUCCCGCGUAAGAAGACACGACGAUCACGAUGGCCACGACCAUGCUGGCCACGACCAUACUGGCCAUGACCACGCAACUUCCUCCCGUGUAAGAAGACAGGGCAUUCAUGGCAAUCACAACCACGGUCACAACCAUGGCGGCGGCGGCUCACUCACCAACAAGCCAGGCGUCGGUGGCGGCAACCCAGGCGGGAACUUCGGCGGCGGGUCUCUCACCAACAAGCCAGGCGUCGGCGGUAACUUCGGCGGCAACCCAGGCGGGAACUUCGGCGGUGGGUCUCUCACCAACAAGCCAGGCGUCGGUGGCGGCAACACAGGCGGGAACUUUGGCGGCGGGUCUCUCACCAACAAGCCAGGCGUCGGCGGUAACUUCGGCGGCAACCCAGGCGGGAACUUCGGCGGUGGGUCUCUCACCAACAAGCCAGGCGUCGGGUUCGGGCAGAUCCAUCGGCGGGCGGCCAGAGGAGCGGCAGCGGUGGCCGAGGAGGAAGCCAGCCUGUCGCGAGCCACCAGGGAGGCGCAUCGGAAACCGUGCCACCUGUGUAACCUUGGCGGCGGCGGCGGAAGCGGCAGCGGUUCCUGGAGCGGCUCCUUCAGCGUCAGUGGUUCCAAAGGAUCCGGAUCUGGCUCCGUUAGCGGCUCACUUGGUGGCUCUAAGGGGUCCGGGUCUGGCUCCAUUAGCGGCUCAUUUGGCGGCUCUAAGGGAUCAGGAGGAUCAGGAUCCGUCAGCGGCUCCUUCAGUGGCUCUAAGGGAUCAGGCUCAGGCUCAGCGAGUGGAUCGUUCAGUGGCUCUGGCUCUGGCUCAGGAUCCAUCAGUGGCUCGUUUGGAGGUGGUGGCGGCAGUGGUGGUGGCUGCGGUGGUGGUGGUGGUUGUGGUGGUGGUGGUCAUGGUGGUGGUGGUGGUGGAGGUCACGGUGGUGGUGGUGGUCACGGUGGUGGUGGAGGGCUAGGUGGUGGUGGAGGUGGAGGUCACGGUGGUGGUGGAGGUGGAGGUCACGGUGGUGGUGGUGGAUCAGGUGGAGGUUUUGGUGGUGGUGGUGGUGGAAGUCACGGCGGUGGUGGUGGAUCAGGUGGAGGUUUUGGUGGUGGUGGUGGUGGAAGUCACGGCGGUGGUGGUGGAUCAGGUGGAGGUUUUGGUGGUGGUGGAGGUGGAGGUCACGGUGGUGGUGGUGGUCACGGUGGUGGUGGAGGGUUAGGUGGAGGUGGUGGUGGAGGGUCAGGUGGAGGUGGUGGUGCAGGUCACGGUGGUGGUGGUGGAUCUGGUGGUGGAUCAGGUGGAGGUUUUGGUGGUGGUGGUGGUGGUGGUCACAGUGGUGGUGGAUCGGGAGGUGGAGGCUUUGGUGGAGGUGGAUCAUCAGGUGGUGGAUCUGGAGGAGGAUUCGGUGGUGGUGGUGGAUCAGGUGGCGGUGGAUCAGGCGGUGGAGGCUUCGGAGGUGGAUCAGGAGCAGGUGGAGGCUUUGGAGGUGGAUCAGGAGGAGGUGGAGGCUUCGGAGGUGGAUCAGGAGCAGGUGGAGGCUUCGGAGGUGGAUCAGGAGGAGGUGGAGGCUUUGGAGGUGGAUCAGGAGGAGGCGGAGGCUUUGGAGGUGGAUCAGGAGGAGGCGGAGGCUUCGGAGGUGGAUCAGGAGGAGGUGGAGGCUUCGGAGGUGGAUCAGGAGGAGGUGGAGGCUUCGGAGGUGGAUCAGGAGGAGGCGGAGGCUUCGGAGGUGGAUCAGGAGGAGGCGGAGGCUUUGGCGGCGGAGGUGGAGGAGGCGGCGGCUUUAGCGGAGGCGGAGGAAGCGGAGGUCGGGGAUGCCUGACCAACAAACCCGGGGUGCUGUGCCCUGGGGGAGGAGUGCAGGUCGGGGGCAGCGGGGGAGGCUACGGCGGGGGUGACGGAGGCGCGUGGGCUACCGGGGGCGCCUACACCUCUGACGGUAGCGGUGUGAGGGGCCUGCGAGUGAAUGUGAGGAGCGGCGAUGCUUAACCUCAUUUCCCUGCAGAAGAACGAGAAUUGCAGUGGUGUUGCUGAGCUGUGUCCUUGUGUGUUAGUUGAAUAAUUCAAUAAAAUUCUGUCCAGCGUAUUUUCUCUAGUUAAAGUGUUUGCUCUCUACGUAAUGUUCUCACUGUUGCAGAGUUGCCCUGUCACUUGUGUUCAAUAAAGAAAAGUAUUCAUG